AUGGCAGACGACCUGGACAAGCUGGAGGCCGGACUCCACGAGCUCGAACCGAUUCCAACCCACGAUCAAGCCUCACGAAACGAUGAAGCACCUACUAAAGAGCCGAAACGGACGAAUGUCCUUGGGCUAUCACAACACUCGGCAAUAUGGUAUCUAGCAAGAAUACAAAAGUACUCGACCUACGCAUUCUCUGCUUUCGCGGCUAUGCAUGUCACGACCACAUCCAUCGUGCCGCUUGUAACGCAAUCUGUCCCCACGAGCGAGCCGUACCUUCUUCUUACACGCGAGUACUACCAAAGCCCUGCGGCCGAACCUUUGAUGGUCAUAAUACCAAUGUACGCACAUGUAUUCUCUGGACUGGCGAUAAGAGUUCUGCGGCGGAAUCAUAAUGCAAAAAGAUAUGGGGAUGCAUAUUCGAAGGAGAAUAAAGCGAGCUUCCUGACGAAGUUCUGGCCGCGAGUGUCCACCAUUUCGAAGCUGGGAUUUCAAUUUAUUCCUCUCCUGAUGGGCCACAUGUUCAUCAAUCGUGGAAUUCCAAGAAUGACCCAGGGAGGCAGUAGCAACGUGAACCUCAGCUACGUGAGCCAUGCAUUUGCGAAGCAUCCCGCAAUAUCGUUCUUUGGAUUCACGGCUUUGCUUGGUGUGGGUUGUUUCCAUAUCACCUGGGGAUGGGCGAAGUGGUUGGGCUGGACGCCUGAGCAAGUGACGAGUACGGGCGCCCAGAGAGAAUUGCAGAAGAAUAGGCGCUGGUAUAUCAUCAACGGCCUGGCGGCAGCCUUUACUGGCCUGUGGAUGGCAGGCAGCUUUGGUGUCGUUGCUAGAGGUGGUGAAGCACCGGGCUGGGUUGGAAUACAGUACGACGAAUUAUAUCAGAUGAUUCCGAUCCUGGGGAAAUGGAUGUAA